UCCACUAAGAAAUUAAAUCAUUUUAAUAGUUCGCGAUCGAAUAAAAAUCGAAGCGUCGACGAUCUUCGCCUUUUAGGGCGAUGACGCUGGCGAAGAAGGAAAGGGAAGGAAAAAGGCGAGAAGAAUUAUCUUUAAUGCCAUGGAAAUUGGAGGGAAAUAGGCAAAGUGAAUCAAUCUGAAGCGUUAACUUUUUCACUCACAAGCGUAUUUCUCUCUUUUCUUCGAUCUCGAACAUUAAAAAUUUCUCGAGAAAACGAGUCUGAGAACGUUCGAAAACCUAACACAGUGACAACACAGCCUGUAAAAAGGGAACUGUUUGCUGAAUUUUUCUCAAGAGAGUGUUAUCGAUAUCGAUGUCUAUAUAUAUCGCGUAAACGACGACAUUCUCUCAAACAAGAAAAAAAAAAAAAAGAAAAAAAAGAAGAAGAAGAAAGAUGCAUCCGUUCGAGCCAAUAAUUUUGACGUGGUUGGGAUCGGUGGUAUUCGCGUUAAUCGAUGCCACUGAUUCGGACGAUUAUCUUUCAAUGGAUUACAAUGAAUCGGAUUACAAUGCCACCAAUUGCACCAAUAUUUACUGCAUCUCGAACGAAGAUUACGUGGAUCGUUUGAUGAAUUACAUAUUCCCCAAGUUUUGGGAUUGGGUGCUGAUCGCGUCGCACAGCAUCAUCUUCGUCAUCGGAUUAAUUGGAAAUGCUCUAGUCUGCGUCGCCGUUUACAGGAAUCAUACGAUGAGAACAGUGACGAAUUAUUUUAUCGUCAAUUUAGCAGUGGCUGAUUUCCUAGUUUUAUUACUUUGUCUUCCAUUCACCGUAUUAUGGGAUAUCACGGAAACCUGGUUUCUUGGUUUAACCUUGUGCAAAGCCGUGCCAUAUCUUCAGACGGUAUCCGUGACUGUGAGCAUAUUAACCCUAACUUUCAUAUCGAUAGAUCGAUGGUACGCGAUAUGCUUUCCUCUGAGGUUCAAAUCUACCACAGGAUGGGCAAAAAAUGCGAUCAUCGGAAUUUGGACAAUAGCUCUUCUAUUUGAUAUUCCGGAUCUUGUGGUGUUGCAUACCGUCCCUACGCACAUCAAAAUAAAGUCCAUUUUAUUCACACAAUGUGGUAUAUCCUGGAGUCAAAAGAAUCAAGUCAUCUUCAUUAUCGUCAAAUUAAUUUUCCUUUAUACUGGGCCUUUGAUCUUCAUGAGCGUAGCGUACUGGCAAAUUGUAAAAGUCCUUUGGAAAAGCGACAUUCCAGGGCAUAAUUCAUUUACAGUAUCGUCACGAGCAUCCCAGAUGAGUCAGAUUCCACCAUCCGGUGGCGGAAAUCCGGAAGUGCAGCUGAGAUCUCGAAAAAAAGCAGCAAAGAUGUUAGUCACGGUCGUCAUCAUUUUUGCCAUUUGCUAUUUUCCCGUGCAUUUACUCUCCGUUUUAAGGUAUACCACUACAUUACCAUCGAACAAGUGGAUAAACGCCAUCAGUUUAAUCGCGCAUGGCCUAUGCUAUUUCAAUAGUGCAGUUAAUCCUCUGAUCUACAACUUCAUGAGCGGUAAGUUCCGGCAGGAGUUUGGUCGUACAUUUCGAGAAUGCUCCCCUUCGAAUCCCUCAAACGGUCGCAGGUUAGCAAACCAGCAACCCAGCUACGCUUAUAUAGCGAAUGAAUAUCGCUCUACUAAUCCGCAUAAUCGUCGUGAACAAUUCUGACAUGCGGAAAUGCGAGUCUCUUGGAAAAAAACUUCUACUAUUACCGUGGAAAGAACCGAAGGCAAAAACGAAUCUACCCAGGAAUGAUGUAGCUUGGAUGUUACCCUUCGCAAUUUCAAUGACGCUUAGGGGAAAUUUCGAAAGGAAUUUAGGCGUACAUUUCGCUGUAUUCAAGAAAGUAAUUCUCGCAUACAACGCGGACAUCUUGCGAGCACGUCUAAUUUUCCUCGAAUUAAAACUCGGACUAUGAUGAUACGGAAAACGUUUAAAAAUAAUAACAACUUUCAACGAAACACCGAAAUUAUACCUCUCAGUGCUAUAACUAGCAUUCAACAAAACGAAAAACACGACUGAUCGUAAGCAUGUAUCAAUAUUAGUCAUUAUGAUUAUUAGACGCGCAAUAAGAUUCACAAAUAAUUUAUUUACAUAUAAUUUGAACUUUAAUAUUAAGAUAAUAGAUAAAUACAACAAAAAUUAUAUUCCAUUCGAUAAGUAACAAAAAAAACUUGAUAAAGCGAGCAUAUUUAAUUUUUAAAUUUGUAAAAAUUGUUAGAUACUUUUAAUAUCCAUUGAAAUAUGGAUUCAUUAGAUAACGAAACACUGAGCUAUCUAAAAUGUACUUACAAUAUUAAGAAUUACCAGGGAGAAGCUCGACGUUUAUUCUUGUAGAGCAUGAAUUAUAACAUAGGCACAUACGAAUUUGUAAAUCAUUCUUCUAAUAGAAUGAUGGUAUUUAGAAUAAUUAUGUAUAUGUAUUCUUUAAACGAUACGUCGAACAUGCCGACAAAAUUAUAUGUAAAAUAUUUAAUAAGAUUAUAUAUAUAUAUAUACUAUAUGUAUAUAUACGCUAUAUGUUAUAAAUAUGUGAUGCAAAUUUCAUAUUCUGUACACUGUUGCUAGUACAUCGUGUAAUCUUGAACUUAUCUUUAAUUCGUUAUAAUUAUACAUGUACAUCUUUGCCAUGUAUGGAAAUCAAUUAACUCAAAAAUCAAUUCCAUUAUUCGUAUGAUCUCAUCAUUGUUGAUGAAAAUUUUAUAUAAAUUAACAUUAAUUGAUACGUUCGUGCGUUUUGAAAAAUUUGAAAAACUCAAUAAGUCAAAAAGAGGAAAAUAAAUUUAGUCAUAUAUGGAAAAAUUUCUUAUCAAUAUAUUAUCUUUCCAUUUCACCUUGCCAGUAACAAAGCAUAUUUUUAUAAGCGUAUUAAAAAAAAAA